AUGGCUGAUAAGGCUAAGAGUGCCCCCAAGGCCGUGAAAAAGCCGGCAGAUGCAAAACCCGCUGCGACGAAGGUAGCGAAACCGAAGGCUGCCGGUGAACCUAAGAAGGUGUCGAAGCGGCGUUUGCCCGCGGUGCCGGAAUCGUGGCUGAAGAUCGGCAAGGGUAAGAAGGGACAGCGGCCGAAUUUGUUGCUGCAUCGUCGCAAGAUCCGUGCCGUGCGGUUGUUGCGUCGCAAGCAGAAUCUGCUCCGCGCGCUGAACUACGAGAAGACGUACUUGAAGACGGAGCGUGGCGUUGUGCAGCAGGCGCGCAUUGCCAAGGAGAAGGGCAACAUCUACAUCCCGGCCGAGCCGAAAGUGGCGUUUGUCAUUCGUAUCCGCGGUAUCAACAAGGUUGCCCCGAAGGUGCGUAAGGUGCUGCAGCUGUUCCGUCUGCGCCAGAUCAACAAUGGCACGUUCAUCAAGCUGAACAAGGCCACCAAGAACAUGUUGCGCAUUGCCGAGCCCUACAUUACCUACGGCUAUCCGACACUGAAGUCCGUUCGUCAUCUGAUCUACAAGCGUGGCUUCGUUAAGCACCGACAUAGUCGCAUUCCGAUCACCGACAACUUCGUGAUCGAGCGUAAGCUCCGCGGACACCGCCUGCAGUGUGUGGAGGAUAUGGUUUACCACAUCUACACCGGCGGCGCAUCCUUCAAGAAGGUGAGCAACUUCCUGUGGCCGUUCAAGUUGAACACGCCGACCGGUGGCUGGCGCAAGAAGAACAACCACUACGUGGAGGGUGGUGACUUUGGUAACCGCGAGGACAAGAUCAACGAACUGAUCCAGCGAAUGGUUUAA